CCUGCCCACCACUACGUCAUAUGUAAUCUGUGGAAGAACGGAGGUGCUGGCGGUUCGACUUAAAUGUGAAGAUCAUAUGUUUACGUAAACACUAAACGAAUGUUAUCGGCGCUGAUGUUGAUAGAUGUUGCUGAUUACUGGGCGUGGUAGUGUUGUGUGUGAGAGAUUCAUUACAUACGUUUAUAGCAUGUGUUGUGUUAAAGAGACAAAUAAUUUUUGAAGAUGAGGACGCACACACAAGCUCUUACGUUAGGUAUUCGGAAUUAUGAUGUACGGUCGUUCAGUUUUCUCCGUAGUGUUCAGCAUUUUGCUGUUCACGGAAUUCACAGCUGCUACAAUAACAGAGUACAUCACGAAGAUAUAUGCGGCGUCGAGAGCUGAAGUGUGCAAUUUAGUUGACUGUUGCCAUGCUUCUUGGGAAUAUGCAAAUAUUGAUCAGUUGACAACUACAUUGAAAAGCAGAGUGUAUGGUCAGCAUAUUGCCAUUGAUUAUAUUACAAGUGCAUUGAGAGGCCAUAUUAAGGGGAACAAUGAGAAACCUUUGGUUAUGAGUUUUCAUGGUUUGCCAGGAGUAGGAAAGAAUUUCAUUGCUAAUUUCAUCAAGAAAAACUUAUUUAAAUAUGGUGAGGAGGAUUCCCACAUCUAUAUGUUCUCUGGAAGACUCCACUUCAGAAUUGAAAAACAUGUAGAAUUAUACCAGGAGCAGUUAGCAUCUUGGGUCAGAGGCAAUGUGAGCAACUGUGCUGCAUCACUAUUUAUUUUUGAUGAAGUGGACAAAAUACCACCAGGAGUAUUAGAUGGUAUCAAACCUUACUUAGAUUAUCACAACAACAUUGAUGGAGUUGACUUCAGGAAUUCAGUUUUCAUAUUCAUCUCUGACACUGGAAGUAAAGCAAUUCUAGACAAGAUGAUAGAUCUAUAUAAUAAUGGGAGUAAACGUGAGGAACUUAGCUUAAGUGAUUUUGAAGAAUUAAUACGACUUGGUUCCUUCAAUGAAAAAGGAGGCCUUCAGAAAAGUGACAUCGUAAGCCGUUGUGUUAUUGAUCACUACAUUCCUUUCCUACCACUGGAGGUGCAACAUGUGAAAAACUGCAUUAAAGAUGCAUUUCAUAGAAAAGGUGCUCAGCAAGUUUCAGAUGAUGACAUUCAAGAAGUACUGCAGGAUGUGACUUUUGGCCCAGAGAAAAUGAAGUUGUUUUCAAAAUCUGGUUGUAAAAGAAUAGUGCAAAAGGUAUCAGUUGUUUUAGAGAAGAAGAGACGGAAGUAUGGAGACCUGUAACAGGAACGAUGCCAAUUUUUUAGAAGUAUUUUGUUGUGAACUAUUGUCUAUAUAUUGCAAGACUUGCUUAUUAAUUGUUUAUAAUUUAACAUAAUUAUUGAGACAUGUUAAUUGAACAAAAAGUCUGUGAACUUUGAUAUUCUAUUUUUUCUGUUAAAAUAAAUUUCACAAAAACGUGCUUUCAGCAUAUUAAUAGUUAA